GUCUGCGUCUGCUCUCUCUCUCUCUACACGCUUCCUCCUCAUCCUUUGCUUUCUCUCCAAACGAUUCGAUUUGUUUUCAAUUUGCUCUAGGGUUUUAAUUGUUGUUCUUUAAUUUCUCUACUACUUAUAAAAAAUUCAGUUUUUUUUAUUGUUUUUUUUUAAUUUAAUUUAUCAUACUUUAUUGUUCUUGGUUUCCUGUUCUCUUUGUUGUAGUGUAUAUGGCUGGUUUGGACUUAGGAUCAGUUUCACACUUUGUUCCUCAGCUACACAGGCCUGAUCUCCACCUCCAAAGACCACCAGAUUCUGAAGAUGAAAGUCCCGGAAACCAGUUUUCUGGUGAAAACGAAGAUAAUAUGCAUCAAGGGCUUGACCUAAUCACCUCCAAUACAAGUUCAGGCGAUAUGGGUGCGCGUAGGCAGCGGGGCCGCCCACCGGGUUCCAAAAACAAGCCAAAACCGCCGGUAAUUAUCACCCGAGAGAGCGCAAAUACGCUUCGAGCUCACAUACUGGAAGUCAGCAAUGGCUGUGAUGUGUUUGAGGCAGUGGCUCUUUACGCAAGGAAGAGGCAGAGAGGGAUUUGCAUUUUGAGUGGAACAGGCACGGUCAAUAACGUGAGUUUGCGGCAGCCCGCUGCUGCCGGCUCUGUGGUGACACUUCAUGGGCGUUUUGAGAUAUUAUCCCUGUCGGGUUCCUUUCUGCCUCCACCGGCUCCACCAGGUGCCACCAGUUUAACAAUAUAUUUAGCCGGUGGCCAGGGCCAGGUUGUUGGCGGAAAUGUGAUCGGUGCUUUGAUUGCUUCUGGACCAGUUAUCAUUAUCGCAGCCUCCUUCACUAACGUGGCAUACGAGAGGCUGCCGUUGGACGAAGACGAGGCGCUUCAGCUGCAGCCACCGUUGUCGCAGCCAUCCAGUGGUGGUAGUGGUGGCACCGGCCAAUUUCCUGAUCCAUCUGUAGGGCUUCCUUUUCUUAAUUUGCCACUGAAUAUGCCAAAUGGUCAGUUUCCAAUGGACGGUGCAUGGACCGGAAACUCAGCCGACCGGCCACAAUAUUAGGUCCAAAGGUCAGAAAAUCAGUAGAUCAUCCUCCCAUCUUGUAUAUUGAUCAGUUUAUCGUUUUGGUCUUUUGGCUUUUGCCUUCUGAUUUGUGAUAAAUCCUUUUGCUUCUUCUUGUUGCUCUUCAUGAUACUUCUGAGUUAGAAAUGACCCGAGGUUUAGACUUUAUGACUGUAAGUUUUCUUUAUUUCAACUUGUUCACCGGUUCUGAUUAAAAUAAUUUAUCAUCCUAAUAA